CCCUUCUCCUCUCCACCUCCUCCAAGAACCCACCAGAGCAAUCUCCUCCUCCUCCUCCUCCGCCGAUCGGGCCAUGGAGAAGUACGAGCUGCUCAAGGACAUCGGCUCCGGCAACUUCGGGGUGGCGCGGCUGAUGCGGGACAAGGAGACCAAGGAGCUCGUCGCCAUGAAGUACAUCCCGCGUGGGCUCAAGAUUGACGAGAAUGUGGCGAGGGAGAUCAUAAACCACCGCUCGCUGCGCCACCCCAACAUCAUCCGGUUCAAGGAGGUCUUGCUCACGCCUACCCACCUCGCGAUCGUGAUGGAGUACGCCGCCGGCGGGGAGCUGUUCGACCGGAUCUGCAGCGCCGGGAGAUUCAGCGAGGACGAGGCGAGGUAUUUCUUCCAGCAACUAAUUUGCGGCGUGAGCUACUGCCACUUCAUGCAAAUUUGCCACCGGGAUUUGAAGCUGGAGAACACGCUGCUGGAUGGCAACCCGGCGCCGCGCCUCAAGAUCUGCGACUUUGGCUACUCCAAGUCAUCAUUGCUGCACUCAAAGCCGAAGUCGACGGUUGGGACUCCGGCGUACAUCGCCCCUGAGGUGCUCUCUCGCCGGGAGUAUGACGGCAAGAUGGCAGAUGUGUGGUCUUGUGGUGUGACUCUUUACGUGAUGCUCGUUGGUGCUUACCCUUUUGAGGACCCUGACGAUCCCAAGAACUUCAGAAAGACAAUUGGGAGAAUCAUGUCGAUUCAAUACAAAAUACCGGAGUAUGUCCAUAUAUCCCAAGAUUGCAGACAGCUCCUCUCUCGAAUCUUUGUUGCAAAUCCCUCAAAGAGAAUAACGAUAAGGGAGAUCAGGAACCACCCCUGGUUCCUGAAGAACUUGCCGCGAGAGCUCACAGAAGCAGUGCAAGCAAAGUACUACAAGAAGGACACCAGCGCCCCUACCUUCUCGGACCAGACCGUCGAGGAGAUCAUGACGUUCGUAGAAGAGGCCAAGGCAGCUCCUCCGUCGUCGUCGACUCCGGUGGCCGGUUUCGGCUGGGCCGAGGAGGAAGAGCAGGAGGACGGCAAGAACCCCGAGGACGAGGGAGACAGGGAGGAUGAGCCUGGGGAGGAGGAAGGCGAGGGAUGCGAGAGCGAGGACGACGAUGAGUACACCAAGCAGGUGAAGCAAGCCCAUGCCAGCUGCGACCUGCAGAAGAUCUGAUCAGAAUCAUCAGAUGUUUGGGGUCCAGGAUUUGCCGGCAAGAAAGGAUGUUUUUUGUGCAUGUUUGUUUUGUUACCUUGUAGCUGUGGGGGGUGAUGAGAUGUUGCACCCUCGUUAUUUAGCCUGUCUUUAACUUUCUGUUGUUGCAGUGGCUCCUCAUUUUUCUUCUGUCUUGUUCUCUUUUGGUUUUUUUCUUUCUGGUGAUAUGUUAGCAUUGUAAAUUAUUAUUACCAAAUAUUGUAAUGGUUGGAUGGUUAAGCUAGCAGGAUUGUAUAUAAUUUGUGGAAUAAAUCUUUUUGUUUCUUGAUGUAA